AUGCAAAGCCGCAAAACUGAAGCGCGUAGAGAAAACGUGCCAAGUGCCUCUUGGACGCGACGUGGCCCCGGCUCUGUAGCUAGGAGCGGGUGGAGUGAAGGCCGGCCGAGCCUCAAUCCGUUUGACGGGCGCGCAGAGGGAGACCAGGAGAGAGAAGAGCUGUCCCGCUCUCACGCCCCGCGCCGAUUUGCCUGGAGCACGUUCUCGCGCCUAGCGUCCAAGUUACUCCACGGGCCGAAGGACAAACGGGACUUCUUUGAGAGUUACAUCUCCAUUGCGUCGACCGUGCCCUCGGUGCUCUGCCUGAUUGGAAACUUUCUGCUCGUCAACAAGGUGCCUGCCGGCGUCCGCAUCCUGUCCUCCCUCUUCGUGAUGCUGACCGUCUUCUUGGUGAUCACGGUGCUGGUGAAGGUAGAUGCUUCCACCUGGACCACCCGCUUCUUCGCCAUCACCAUUGUCUGCGUGGUGGUCGUCAGCAGCGCCUCCACCAUCUUCACCAGCAGCAUCUUUGGCCUGACCAGCUGCUUCCCGAUGAAGAACUCGCAGGCCUUGAUCUCAGGCCAGGCCAUGGGCGGCACGGUCAGCGCCAUCGCCUCCGUGAUAGACCUGGCGGCGGCAGCCGACGUUACCGACAGCGCCCUGGCCUACUUCCUGACGGCGGACAUCUUCAUCGUCAUCUGCAUCAUGGUCUACCUCCUCCUCCCCAAGCUGGAGUACUCCAGGUAUUACAUGAGAAGCCACAAAGAGAGCCCAUAUCUGGCAGCAGAAUCGCCUAGCAGCUCUUUGGAGGACGGGUCGCAAAGCAGUUUGAACAACUCACUUUUAGCAAAAGGGACCAGUACUGGAGAUGUCCCCCCACUCCGUGCCAUCCUGAGGAAGACUGCUGUCCUAGGCUUCUGCGUCUUCUACGUCUUCUUCAUCUCCAUCAUCGUUUUCCCUUCUCUCUCCUCCAACAUAGAGUCUGUCAACAAGUCCUCCGGCAGCCUGUGGACCAACAAGUACUUUGUGCCGCUCACGAGUUUCCUUCUGUACAAUUUUGCAGACUGGUGUGGGAGGCAAAUCACGGCCUGGAUCCAGACCCCGGGCCCAAAGAGCAAGCUGCUGCCUGCUCUCGUUCUCCUGAGGACUGUCUUGCUCCCACUGUUCAUACUGAGCAACUAUCAGCCUCGGACUCGAAUCAAAACCGUGGUCUUCAACCGAGACGUGUACCCGGUGGCCUUCACCGUGCUCCUAGGACUCAGCAACGGCUACUUGGGAACGCUAGCCAUCAUCUACGGCCCCAAGAUCAUGCCAAGGGAGUUGGCCGAAGCGGCGGGGGUGGUGAUGACGUUUUAUCUCAUGCUGGGGCUGGCGCUGGGGUCCGCCUGCUCCGUUCUCGUUGUCCACCUCAUAUAGAGGAGUGGUGGAGGGCCCCGCGUGCUGUGUGGUACUACUUUCGGGUGUUCUCCCUCUCUGUUUCCAAAAGGCAAGGCAUGGCACGGUUUUAGGGCAGACCCCAAAUGGUGUGGCAUGGCCAGCAGCCUGCCUUUGCGCGUUGGUUUGGCGCCCAGGAGGAGGUCUGCCUUCAGCAAACGGGUGCUUUGGGGUUGUCUCGCUACCCUGAGCCCUUUGUGGACACUAACUUAUUUUUUGAAGGAAACUGAAAUACUAAGUAGCCUUUAGUGGUUUUUCAGGUGCCUUUUGCCUAUGUUGAAAAAAGUCUGUAAAAGUCAUGGCGAGUUAUUAGAAAGGCUCUGAUGUUGCGCUUUCUAAGUUCGCGGUAGAAAAUCAGUUAAUUCAAAUAGACAGACAGCAUAUGGUACCCAGAUGCUUUCAGAAGGAUGAGCUACUGUAACACCCAAAAAGAUGCCCACCCCCAUGGGGGAUUAGCAUUUAAAGUCACUUUAAACUUACAUAUGCAAAUGCAGCCUGGACUAAAGACAGUUGUUAUAUUGAUCUUCCCAAAUUACCUGGAUUUGUGGUCUAGGAGGCAUUACAGUCAACGCCUCAGGGGAAACUAUCUAUGGAAAAGGUUUCCUUUACCUUGACUUGGUGACUCAGUUAUUGGAAAAAAAAUUAAAUAUUGAACUUU